AUGAAAAGAUAAUUAGUAAGUUUUGUGGCUCGUUUUGUAAAACAACAUCCUUAUUUACAAGUUAAGACAUCUUUUUGCUAACAUGAACACGUAAGUUGUAUUUAAAGAGUUAGGGUUGCUUGUAUAAUGUUUUAGAGGGAUUAGUGAGAUCUUUUGGUAUAGCAUAUACUAUGAAGGCCCUUUUUGGUUUGAUUUCUGCUUUGUUAUCUAAAAAUAAGAAAAUUAGCAAAGGAAAUUUAAUUUUAGAAGCAUUUUUUGGAAUAGAUACAUUGAAAUUUGCAUCAUUUCCAACUGUUUAUUCAUUAAUACAAAAAACUAUAAUUUGUGGAUGUAGACAUAUAACACAGCAAGAUCUUAAAAUUAUGUCUUUUGUGUCAGGAUUUAGUGCUGGAUUUGUGAGCUUAAGUUUAAUCGAAGAAAGUAAGAGAAAGAAUUGGGCUUUGUAUUUGCUGACAAGAUCAAUGGAUACUAUGUUUAAUUCAUUAAUAAAUAAAAACAUAGUUGCAAAACGAAGCUAUUAUUACAUUAUAUUUAUGGGUAUUUUGAGAUAUAAGAUAAAUAGCAAUUGAGGUGUUGGUGACAGCUUAUGCAUUUGGUUGCGAAAAUGAUUGUUUAGAAGAUUAUAUGUUGAAAUUUUAUGCUAGAUUUGGUAAUGAAAAUCAAUGUGAAUUGGAUGAAAGGNAUAAAAUGAAUGUAAUUAAUAUUUUAAACAUAGUAUUCAUUCAUUUUAUCCCUUAAAAGCUUAGGAUAAAGAAUGUUCUUCAUCAAUUAAUUAGAUGAAAUUUAUCAAAAUACCCAAAAAUAAUUUUACAAAAAUUUAUCUUAAAUAUUUUUGAGUUUAUUUUUCUCCUCAAAUACUUUCAUAAGUUUAUUAACUGAAGUUAUAUUAUAAUUAUAUAAUACUUAUGUAACUAAAUAUUAUUUUUAAUAAAGAUUGACACUAGUUUAGAAAGAUAAUUAAUAAUAGUAAAGAACAAUAAAUCAUAAUAUUUCAUAAAGUGUUCCAUAGACAGGAAUGAAGCAAAAUAAAUUUUAUAGUAAUUAGGAGCUAAAAACAAAAAUGAGUGAAUAAUAGUAUAUAGAAAUUUCAUAUUGAAGAACAUUAGAUGAGAAAUUUGUAAAAGAAAAUGGAGACUUUGGAUAUCAGGAUAGCAAAUAACAGUUAUUUUAAUAAUAAAACUAUAGAUUUCCAUCUCUUAUUGGAGACUAAAAUAAGCUGGUAGUCGUACAAAUCCAUAGAAGUAAAUUGAAGAAAAUGACUUCCCAAUAAGUCGAGUAAUUACUGAAUAAAGUAUGA